AUGUCUGUCGCAUUCACCUGCAAUACUUGCAAGUUAGAGUUCGAGAGCAGCGAGCUCCAGCGGGCUCAUAUGCACACAGACUACCAUGGAUACAAUCUGAAACGCAAAAUUGCAUCCCUGGCCCCAAUUUCUGCAGAAAUUUUCGAAAGGAAUGCCACAAAAGCUCAAGAUGAGGCCAACAGUACAAUAGAGGGUGGAGAAGCAAAGGGGCCAGAUUCCUUGCAAACUCAGCCCCAUCGAUUAGAGAUCGAGAGAGGCUAUACACCUGCGCGAUGUUUAUUCUGUAACAUCGACUCGUCAACAAUGGGUGACAACCUCGAACACAUGUUCAAAGUACAUGGAAUGUUCAUACCAAAUCAGGAGGAUUUAGAAGAUGCCGAAGGUCUUCUUUCUUAUCUAUUCAACAUCAUCUCCGGUUUUCGCGAAUGCCUGUACUGCGGCAAGGUAAAAGAGACAGUUGAGGGUAUUCGAAGCCACAUGAUAGACAAGCGCCAUUGCAAGAUCGCGUUCGACGAGGAGCUUGACCAAUUCUAUGACUUUCAAGGCGGGUCCGAGGAUGGCGCGGAAGAGGAAAUGAUCAGGGAAGAUGAGGAACACGCAGAGGCUGACAAGGCUUCGCCUCCUCGGGGGCAUGACUUCCACCCAGACAGCGACCACGAACUCCGUCUACCCUCAGGACGGACCCUCGGUCAUCGUUCUCUGUCCCGCUACUAUCGCCAGAAUCUCCACUCCUAUCCCACACCCACCGAGCGUGCAGAUCGCAGAGCUAUAAUAGCAGCCGAAGCUGCCGACGGCGACCACCCCAUGCCAGAUCAUCCAGGACGCCAGCUUGCGACGCGUGCUAGAGGUGAAAUGGGCAUGGUAGGGGUUAGCGACUUCGAGAAGCGAGCUCUGAGGGCAACGGAGAAGAAGGCUCUGAAGCAGGAGGCGAGGGCGAGGAAUGAGCACGAGUGGCGCGUAAACAAGGAGUCUAAUCAUCAGAAGCAUUAUAGACCGGCUGACCCUGGGCGAACAAAUGGUUGA